ACACUGGAGUGCAGUCGCGUACUUUGCACCAACGAAGGAGAUGCAGCAGGGAAAAGUUCAAGUGGCCCAACAUGGCGGCCGCGGCUCGUAGCUGCCAAACCAAGCGGUGCCUGAGCUAAGCCCGGCCGAAGACGACAGCCUGUCAGCGGGCGACUUCCAUGCCUGUCCCCGCUUCACGGACGCGCCGGUACCCCCCCGGAGCCUCUGGCAUUGUUAUCUGCGAGCACGAAGCCGCAUGGCGUCCUCGCAAGGACGGCUAGGCCAGCAGGCCUUGGCGGUGCUCGAUGUGGCUCUGCGGGUCCCCUGCAUCUUCAUUAUCGACGCCAUCUUCAACUCGUAUUACGAGCCCGGUCCGGGUUGGGCCGGUACCGCCGGGAGCGCUUUGUUCCGAGUCGUGGGCGUGCUCGUCUCCAGUGUGGUGCUGCUGCUGUCGCAGAAAGCCUUGUUCAAGUUCUACACCCUCUUCCUAGCCGUGGUCCUGGGCGCGGCGGCCGUGCUGGUCAACUAUCACGCGACCUCACACACGGACUUCUCCAGCGCCCGCUACAAAGUGGCGUUGGGCUGGCGAAACGGCCCCACACUCUGGCUGGGCCUGGCCACUGUGCAGCUGGCAUUUGGCGUGGCCUACGUUUUCCUCUUGGGCCUGCGGUCGUCGCUGGCCGCCCUGGUUGUCCUAGACGUCAUGGUGCCUGUGUGGGGGCUCAUGAUGGAGCUGCCCCCGGACGUGCGGCGACUGGUCGCCGCGUUCUCGGGCGCUGCCCUGGCCCUCAACACGGCCGCCUGCCUGGCCGCGCGGCUCAAGUGGUUCUACUACUCGUGCCGCUACGUCUACCUGCUGGUGCGACACAUGUACCGAAUGUACGGCCUGCAGCUGCUGCUCAAGGACACCUGGAAGAGAAUCCGCUUCCCAGACGUGCUGCGCGUCUUCUGGCUGACCCGCGUCACAGCCCAGGCGCUCAUCCUGAUCUAUGUCAUGCAGGCGGUGCGACGGGAGAGCGGCGACGCCACGGGCGGCUAUCCUGACCGCAACUCAGACACGCAGGGUUACCUUCUGAGCUGGGAUGUGUUGUGGGACGUGACGAGCAACCUGAUCAUCUCCGGCUGUGACUCCACGCUCACCGUCCUGGGCAUGAGCGCUGUCAUCUCGUCAGUGGCGCACUACCUGGGCCUCAGCAUCCUCACCUUCAUUGGUUCGACGGAGGAGGAGGAUAAACGUUUGGGCUUCGUGGCUCCGGUGCUGUUCUUCAUCCUGGCUCUGCAGACCGGACUCAGCGGCCUGGACCCCGAGGAACGCCUGGUGCGUCUCAGCCGCAACAUGUGCCUCCUGCUGACAGCCAUCCUGCACUUCAUCCAAGGAAUGACGGACCCAGUGCUGAUGUCGCUCAGCGCCUCGCACGUGUCCUCCUUCCGCCGCCACUUCCCCGUGCUGCUGGUGUCGGCGGCGCUCUUUGUGCUGCCCGUGGUGCUCAGCCAUGCCCUCUGGCACCACUACGCCAUUAACACCUGGCUCUUCGCCGUCACCGCCUUCUGUGUGGAGCUAUGUCUCAAGGUGCUGGUGUCGCUGACAGUCUACGGUCUCUUCAUGGCGGACGGCUUGUCGGACGUGCUGUGGGAGAAGCUGGACGACUACGUGUACUACGUGCGCUCCACGGGCAACAUCAUCGAGUUCCUGUUCGGCGUGGUCAUGUUCGGCAACGGCGCCUACACCAUGAUGUUCGAGUCGGGCAGCAAGAUCCGCGCCUGCAUGAUGUGCCUGCAUGCCUACUUCAACAUCUACCUGCAGGCGCGCAACGGCUGGAAGACCUUCAUCAACCGCCGCACCGCCGUCAAGAGGAUCAACUCCCUGCCCGAGCUACGCGGCGACCGUCUGCGCCGCAUCGAAGACGUCUGCGCCAUCUGCUACCAGGAGUUUGCCACCUCGGCGCGCAUCACGCCGUGCCACCACUACUUCCACGCACUCUGCCUGCGCAAGUGGCUCUACAUCCAGGAUAGCUGCCCCAUGUGCCACCAGAAAGUCAACGUGGACGACGACGCCCGCGACAGGGACGUCUUCUCCAACAAUAACGGGGGCUACGCGCCGCCGCCGCCGGAGGCCCCUGCCGCCCCGCCGCCGGUGGAAAACCCGCCCGCUGACGCCCAGCCUGUCAACAGGGCGGCGCCGGCCGUGGCGGCACCGGGCACAUUGGCGGCCGUGGCGGGGGGCCUUCACCACGAGCUGCUGGAGGACAACGACAGCAUCGAGUACGACGACGACGACUGGGUUGUGCAAAACGGGGGCACACCUGUCGAGGAAGAGUAUAUGAACGAUGACACAGACUCCACAGAUGACUGAGGGUGGGGUGGAUUAUUUAAAUUGACUUUCGCUUCUUCAUUGAAGAAGGAGUUAGGGAUGAUAUUCAGUUUCGGGGUUCACCCGAAAAACGUGUGCAUGAGAUUUGCCUGCUUGCGUGGGGCAAAUCCUCCCGGUGAUGUUUCCUUGAGCACCAUUUGGCGUUGUCCACGUGGCGAAUCUUCGUCGUGGUGUGCGCGCGCGGCGACAGCCUCGUUUUGAUCAAGAAGGACUCAGUCAACGCGUCCCGCGUUCUCUCUUGUCCAAUCAGCGCCGAGCUGAGGCGUCUGAUGAGCCGCUCCUGGUCUCUUGUGCGACCGUGCCUCCCAUUUUAUGUACGUUCUUGUACAUGGGACUGAUGUGCUGAAUCAGCGUCUUUUGCUUCUGAUCCCAAUUACGUUUGACGGGUUUCUUUCCCCACAAUUUAAAAAAAAGCAUCAAGGUGGUUCUGGUUGCAACUGGACUCCUAUCGGUUUGUUAAAAUGUUCCUUUCAGCUUGAGCCCCCCCCC